UGAAAAUUAAUGAGGCUGAUACGGAAAUAAACAUUGAAUUUUAUGGUUAACAUAAUCAUGAAAUCAAUGGAUCAGUUGAUUCUAGUGAAUAAAUGAAUUUAAACUUGGCGUGAUUACAGUUAAAGCAAUGUGAUUGUCCUAUGUGACUGACGAGGGAACCCAAUCAAGAGAUAGCAUCGUUUCUGGUUCCAUUAUCAUCAUCUUCUGUCUCUUUCUUUUUCUUUCUUUCUUUCCUUCCGCUCAGUUGUGAGUCUUGACCAUGAUGGGAAUACAAUCUGAAACAACUCUCAUUUACUUUUCCAUCUUACUCAAGGCUGCUUGUUUUUUGAAGAUGAUAACCAUCAUCGAAAUUGACUUUCUGUUAACAUCUCAAAUGAUAAUACACCUUAGGCAAGUCAAGUAAUUGUAUUUUCUUAUUUUCAUCAAUUUUUUUUCUUGUGCUUUGCCUGCCAUUCACAGUCAAGUUUGAAGCUAAAGACACUUUCUUGAGCUCACUUUGAAAUAACAGCUAACAGUAUGUCAAUCAAAUUGAACAACAGUGUUGAGCCAAAUUUACCAUUUCAAAGUUUUUCAUCGCUCGCUGUUUCAGCUUGCCAAGUCAACCUAAAGGUAGACGCUGGUGAAUCCAUAUUGUCAAAUGUUAAUUUAACUAUUCCCCAAUCAACCAUUUAUGGUUUACUUGGACCAAGUGGAUGUGGAAAGACAACAUUACUUCGGUGCAUUUUGGGUUACAUUAAGCCAACUUCGGGUUCAAUCUCUCUUUUUGGUUAUCCAGUGUCCAAGAGUACUUCAAUCAUUUCUAUUCCAGGCUCAAAUGUUGGUUAUAUGCCACAGGAAGAUGCUCUGUAUGAUUUUAUGACCAUCGAGCAAUUGUUUCGUUAUUUUGCUCGAAUCUAUCAAAUGAACUCCAAGGAUCUAAACUCGCGGGUAAGUGAGUUGAUUGAAAUACUUGAAUUACCUUCGGGUAAUCGUUUGAUUUCCCAACUGUCGGGAGGACAAAGGCGUCGAGUCUCCUUUGGAUGUGCUUUGAUUCAUUCACCACCUUUAAUGAUACUCGAUGAACCCACUUCUGGUGUUGAUCCAGUUUUAAGGGAAAAAAUAUGGAAACAUUUACAAUUUAUAUCUUCCACUCAAGGAACCACAAUUAUAAUUACGACCCACUACAUAGAAGAGGCUAGACGCUCAAAUAACGUUGGUUUUAUGAGGAAAGGUACGAUUAUGCUGCAAGACAAUCCAAACAAAUUAAUGACCACAAUGAAAGUCAACAAUUUAGAAGAAGUAUUCUUACUAAUUUGCCGAAAACCGCAGCAAUAUUGUGUACAAAGUAAAUCAGAUGAUAAUUGUAACUCGAAAUCUUUAGAUGAAAUCAACGUCAAUAACCAACCGUCGUGUUCAUCGUUGCCAUCAACUUCAACAGUCCCAUCUCUACAUGAGCAGGGCAGAUGUUCACCAAUGAAAAAAGCGAUCAUUUCAAUUAAAAACUGGUUAACAGUGUUUUUAGCUUUAUUGAUACGAUACAUAAAUCACGAUGCUUUUGACUCUUUCACCCUUGGAUUCCAAUAUUUCAUCCCUUUAUCGCAAAUUUGUUUACUUUGUUUUUGCGUGGGUAAACAGCCAAAUCACAUUCCAAUGGCUGUGGUUAACAGAGACAAUUGGUCAAAUAGUUUAUCAACAAUGUUUGUUUCAAAAUUGAAUGAAACUUUGCUCAGUGUUAAAUAUUACGAUGAUUUUGAAGAGGCUUUUGAUUCAGUUGGUUCCCUUGAAAAUUGGGGUUUACUCAAUUUUCCGGUCAACUUUUCUCAAGCUUUGACUGAUCGUUUCUCCUCAAUGGAAGUGGACAGUGAAGAUGUAUUCAAGCGAUCGACCAUCCAACUUCACGGAGACUUGACAGAUUCAAUUGUGAGUGAAUCAUUGAUUCGACGCUUACGGAAAUCGAUGGCUAUUCUCAUUCAAUUAAUGGUUUCCACGACAUUACCAGAAAAGAGUAACCUCGUCUAUUCAUCUUUCAUAGCCAAUUCACCCAUUCAAGUGAAAGAUGUUUCCCUUUCAAAUCCAGUGAACUUUGAAGAGCGCUAUGAAAGAGCUGAACUUGCCGGUCACCUUGAUUUCAUUGCACCCGGAAUGAUAAUCAGCAUCACAUUUGCUGUUUCCUAUGCAACAGUUGCCUUCAGUUUAAUCACUGAGCGAACAACGCAAACCUUUGAACGCAACUUGGUUGCCGGAGUAACUCCAACUCAACUGUUAUUUGCUUUAUCCUUGAGUCGGACUCUCUUCAUGAUUCCAUACUUUUUCUUGAUCACCUUUCUUCCAAUCAGUCUCUUUCAUUUACCCACCAAUUUACGAUCCGUACUUCACUCAGUUCCUCUUCUCAUGUCAAUGAACAUAUCUGGUAUCACUUAUGGAAUGCUUUUAUCAGUCAUCUGUGAUCGCCUUGAGAGCUGUGUCAUGAUUGCAGCAGCCACACUAUUCAUUAUCUUUUCAAUUUCAUCAAUCAUCUGGCCUUUCCAAUCGAUACCGGGUUACUUUCAAUGGGUUUCAAUGGCCAUUCCAACAACCUCGGCUGCCUCUACAAUUAGAAAGAUAUUUUACAACAAUUUAAUGUUCAACGAUUUUGAUGCUCUUCAGACUUACCUAAUUGUUACUAUUUGGGCAAUUAUAUUUUCCCUAAUUGGAUCAAGAUACUUUAGAGUAAAGUAAUUGCUCGUUCAACCGUUAAAGCUAUUUAAAUCUGCUUGGCCCAAAGAAACUGUCACUUGAUUCCUGUAAUUGGCAAAAGUUUCAAUUCACUUGCUGUCUAUUUGUGCAAUCAAGAUGAUCAUGAUUCCGGUUUUGAAAAUUUGUUUAUCAAACCUGACCUUUUUCAAGUUUUACUUUCUAAAUGUUUUGCUAAAUCAAUAAUCAAGCUAAUAGUAGGUUAUUUUGCCUAAUAUUUGACUUGGUUUUGAAACAAAAAUUUCCAGCAACUAGUCAAUGUUAAUUGUACCUUGAAUCAACUUUCUGAAUCCAUCCUUGAAAAAAUUCCAUUGUCUUCUUUAAAGCUUUUUUCGUGUGAACACAUCCAGUGUACAAUCAGCCUUGACACUAAAAUGAUUUUUUUUAAUUUAACAUCGAAUGUGUAAAUAAAAUCUUUGAUAUUCACUUCUUCAAUAAA